UGUCACCUCUGGCCCUCAACUUCUCCCACAGCACAACACAUGCACCCCUCUCCCUCCCCAUUUCUUGCAACUGUUCACUUGUUCAGUCGAGGUGGUGGCAGUUCUAGAUUAGACACCACUUGCUCGGUUCCUCUCUCUCUCUCUCGCUCGGAUCGCGGUUGGGGUUGCGGCAUGGGAGCGAAGGAGGAGGCGGAGUAUGCGGCGGCAGCGGACGCGGAGGAGUCAGCUUCCACCAAUCAGCGCACCCUCAGCCUCAAAGGCUGUUCCAGCAGCGUGGAAAAAAUUUACACCAUGAAAAGUCCACAUAAGAAAAGGAAAUCACAGUAUGAGCUGGUUGAUCCAAGGCUGUUAUCACUUAAAUACAAGUUUCGGAACCGCUUAUCUCAUCAGGAGGAGGAUUCUGCAACUACAGAAAGCUUAGGAAAUGAUAUCAUUUUCAUGAACAAGAACUCUGGCACGGACAUGGUCAGCAUACCUGAAGAAUUGGACUCUUGUGAGAACACUCUAAGCCUAUUUGGCGGGUGCAUCGAAGUGGAUUCUAAAAAUGGAAUUCAAGGUCAAUCUAUGAGAAAAAUGUAUGAGAUACGGACAUCUGCAUCCAGUAGCUCAAGCAACAUUUUUUCAUCUGAGGCUUUCAGUUGUUCUCAUAGCAGCGGCACCAGAGAGACUGACAGUUGGGUUAUGCAUGAUGUAGAGCAUGAUCAUUCAAGUCUGAUGCUGCAACCACAUGAUGACCUAGAGAGGAUAUAUAAUGUACUUGAACAGUAUGAUGAUCUAAUGAAGGAUGAAUUAGUGAAUGGCAAUGCCUAUGGUUCUGCUGCUCAUAUCAUGGAGGAGAAGCUUUACUCGAAUGGUGUUGAUGAUUUACAGAUCUUGCCAGCAGGCCAGACCGGCUAUCACGGUGAGAAGAAGCUGACCAUUGAUCAAGAAUUUGAGCAGUAUUUUUCGAACCUCAUGCUUUAGGAUGGAAUGGAUAAUUUCAUGACAAAAAUGUGGCGCUAGACCUGUAAAGGUGGUUUGCUUCCUGAGCAAAGUGUGAGCCUUACUGUUGGAGUUAUCGGUCUAUUUCUACGCCUAAUGCCGUCGCUGAAUGUACAUAUGUGUGAUGUGUGCCCCCUUUUCAGUUUGCCCUUGGCAUCAUCAUGUAUGUGUAUGUAUGCAGAUAAGAACAUGUCUAACCUAAAUAGUUUGUUCUUUGUUUGGUUCUCUUUGCUUAGCAAGCUUGAAAUUGGACAGGAUGGAUUCACUUGGUUACGAGGUAAAGCCAAAUUGGAUUUCCUCUCCUAGCAAAGGUGCUUGCCUAGCAUUGCCAAGGAAGGCUAGUUUUUUUUUUCUUUAUACUUGUUUUUUGAGAGACGUAGUGGGCAAGGUUGGCACUUGGAGGCAAUCAGAUCAGGAACCCUGGAAUGGGGACGUGAUAUUGUGGACUUGUGAUGUUCAGGUUAGCAAUCGUCUGGCUUCCGGGCUGCUUGUACCGAACCAUUCGUGCCCCUUUAGGAUGCGAGGGUUCUGGAUUCCUGUGAAAUACUAACUCCGUUCUUAAACA